AUGAUGGACCGUCGAAAGUGGGUUGAGCAUAGGAGGUCGUCGGGUGUUGGUAGUCGCUGCCGGAAUUUUUCAGAAGAUGAUGAACAUGUCGUUGGUUAUAGUAGUUGUUGUACGUCGACAGGUUUUGCAGGUGAAACAGCCGUUGGGUCGACAGUAAACAGAGGUUGUGAAGGUGCUGGUGUUCAUUGGUGGUUAAUGGGGGAGGAGGUGGUUCCGUUGGUGGCAAAGAGUUGGUGGGUUUCUUUGCCUGCUACCUUUCGUUUUUGGUGGUGUCCGACCGUGGUGCUUCCUGUGGUAGUGAGUAUGGUAACUGCGUUUACCAUCUUUCUUGUUGGGGUUAUAAGCUUGAAGCAUUUCAACAACAGCCCCUCUACUGAUAGCGGGAGACUAACCAGAAAUGCGUGA